AGUGCUUAAUGACUUGAUCAAUAAAGAAAGUGCCACCAGACUAUUGUCCUACUCCCUGAUGCUCCUCACCUGUACCCUUUGAUACCCUCGAAAAGCUCCUCUUCUAAACACAUAAAUACGAGUAAUACAUCUUCGCUUUGUUUACUUUCAUCUUGUAAUAUUUCGCAUUCAAUCAUGGCUGCUGCUGCUGCUGCACAUUUGGGUGUUGUAUCUCAUCAGGGUUCCUCAACACAUCUCAACAGCAAUGAUUCUUCUUUUCUUCAUAAAUCAUUUAUCAAGACCCAGAAUAUUAGCUUUUGUGAUAAAACAUGGACCUGUUUUUCACAAUUGGAGCUAAAAUCAAAGACUACACCAUCAAGAUAUCAAUCCAUAGUUUCAAUGUCCGUGCCACAAACUGUAAAUGAAGCUAAAGUUACAGUUUCACCAAUAGAUUUUGAAGAUGCAAAAGAACCCCCCCUUAACUUACACAAGCCGAAAGAGCCGUAUACCGCAACCAUUGUCUCUGUUGAAAGGCUUGUGGGCCCAAAAGCUCCCGGAGAGACUUGCCAUAUUGUAAUUGAUCAUGGUGGCAAUGUUCCAUACUGGGAGGGUCAAAGUUAUGGUAUUAUUCCACCGGGUGAAAACCCAAAGAAACCUGGUGCUCCACACAAUGUUCGCCUUUACUCAAUAGCAUCCACGAGGUAUGGGGACUCUUUUGAUGGAAAAACAGCUAGUUUGUGUGUUCGACGGGCAGUUUAUUAUGACCCCGAGUCAGGAAAAGAAGACCCAUCGAAGAAUGGUGUAUGCAGCAACUUCCUCUGUGACUCAAAACCUGGAGACAAAGUUAAGAUAGCUGGCCCCUCUGGAAAGAUUAUGCUUUUGCCUGAAGACGAUCCAAAUGCCACUCACAUUAUGAUUGCUACAGGGACGGGUGUGGCUCCAUAUAGAGGCUAUCUUCGUCGAAUGUUCAUGGAAUCUGUUCCUAAAAAGUUCAAUGGUCUUGCUUGGUUGUUCCUGGGGGUGGCUAAUAGUGACAGUCUUCUAUAUGACCAAGAAUUCAGCAAAUAUCUUGCAGACUAUCCUGAUAAUUUCAGGUAUGACCUAGCGCUUAGCAGAGAACAAAAGAGCAAGAAUGGAGGCAAGAUGUAUGUGCAGGAUAAAAUAGAAGAAUACAGUGAUGAGAUAUUUAAAUUGCUGGACAAUGGAGCCCAUAUUUAUUUCUGUGGGCUUAAAGGAAUGAUGCCAGGGAUCCAAGAGACAUUGAAGAGGGUUGCAGUAGAAAGAGGGGAGAGCUGGGAGGAUAAACUGUCGCAGCUGAAGAAGAACAAGCAAUGGCAUGUUGAAGUUUAUUGAUCAAAUAGUUAAGAGAUGGGUCAUUUCAUGAUUUGUUGUUUUGCAGGUUUUAGAAAUUUGAGAAACUUGUAAUCUUAUUUGAAUAGGUUCACCGGGUUAUCCAUUUCAUAUACAAAAUAAAGUGCGAUAAGCCAAUAUUUAUGGAUUUCCUUUGCAUUCAA